GGGUGGCAAUAUCAACCCCCUUAUUUAUUCAUCUUUCUACUCUCGAUAGUGUUUCACAAACACAAGCUUUCAUCUGGGUCCUCUUCCUAAACAUCCAAUUUUGAAAAUUGUUGGUGUCUUUUGGGUGAUCAUCAUAGUUUUGAGGGUUACGUAAAGUUUUGAUUGAUCCAAGUUAUACGAUAAAAUACGACCCAAUAUCAAGAAAUAGUGGCAUAUGGCGAGCAGGAGAUCUCUGCAGCUUGUAUUGAACAAAAUUAAAAGCAGUGGAAGCAGGCCAAGUGUUCGAUGUUUUGCGACUGCUACCGAAGGCAUCGCUUCUCCUCCUGCAUCUUCUAGUGACCUUAUCCAUUUAGAGCAUGAUUACAGCGCUCACAAUUACCAUCCCGUCCCUAUCGUGUUUUCUCAUGGAAAGGGGUCAGCUAUUUGGGAUCCAGAAGGCAAAAAAUAUCUCGACUUCCUUUCAGCUUACUCUGCAGUUAAUCAGGGACAUUGUCACCCAAAAAUCAUGAAAGCAUUAGUUGAGCAGGCACAAACCCUCACUCUCAGUUCUAGAGCCUUCUACAACGACAAAUUUCCAGUUUUUGCGGAGUAUCUAACCAAAUUAUUUGGAUAUGAUAUGGUUCUUCCAAUGAACACUGGUGCUGAAGGGGUAGAAACUGCUAUAAAGUUGGCAAGGAAGUGGGGUUAUGAGAAAAAAAGAAUUCCCAAAGAUCAGGCUAUCAUUGUCUCUUGUUGUGGCUGCUUCCAUGGUCGUACAAUGGCUGCUAUAUCUAUGAGUUGUGAUAACGAUGCCACUCGUGGAUUUUGGCCAUUGUUACCUGGCCAGCUUAAAGUCGAUUUUGGAGAUGAAGCUGCUCUUAAGAAACUUUUUGAAGAAAAAGGAGAACAUAUAGCUGGUUUUCUAUUUGAGCCCAUACAAGGAGAGGCAGGGGUUAUAAUUCCUCCAGAUGGUUAUCUUAAGUCUGUCAGAGAACUUUGUUCAAAGUAUAACAUCUUAAUGAUUGCGGAUGAAAUACAAAGUGGCUUAGCAAGAUCGGGAAGAAUGCUGGCUUGUGAUUGGGAAGGUGUACGGCCUGACAUUAUUAUACUGGGGAAAGCAUUGGGCGGUGGAGUCAUACCAGUAAGUGCGGUUCUUGCAGACAAAGAUGUUAUGCUUUGCAUACGUCCAGGGGAGCAUGGGAGCACAUUUGGAGGAAGCCCGCUCGGUAGUGCUGUUGCUAUUGCAUCGUUGCAGGUGAUACAAGAGGAGAAACUUGCCGAAAGAUCCGAUGAAAUGGGAGAGGAGCUGAGGCGAUUGUUAAGGAGGACUCAACAGCAAUUUCCCGACAUUGUGAUGGAAGUCCGAGGAAAAGGAUUAUUCAACGCAGUGGAGCUUAUUAGCAAGGCUUUAUUCCCUGCAACCGCAUACGAUCUGUGUAUCAAGUUGAAGGAAAGAGGAAUUCUCGCGAAACCUACUCAUAGCGCUACUAUCCGAUUAACUCCUCCCCUUUCCAUGAGUUUGGAGGAGCUUCGUGAAGGUGCGAAAGCGUUUCAUGAUGUUUUGGAACACGACCUCCCGAAACUGGUGAAGGAGAAGCCAAAGACGGGUGAACCGAAGGAGCAAAACCAGUGUGAUCGUUGCGGGCGAAACUUGUAUGGCUAAGAAGCUUUGCUUCAGCUGAAUAAGCCAUUCCCAGUUGGUCCUUAAUUGCAUCCUUACAAAAGAGAAGGCAUAUUAUAGUUUGAAUAAGUUGGAUUUGUUUAAGAUC